AGAGAAGCUGUGCUCAAGGCCUGUUAUGCAGUUGGGCAGUAAGAACGACAGCAAGUUUCACAGAAGAUGAACCUUGAAGUGCAGCUUGUUGCUCGCCUCACAGUCCUUGCGGUAAACACCAUUGACACUCCGAACCAGAGUUUCAUAGUGAAUAUUUAUACGUGCGUGACGGGGCGAGGCAUACGCGAAAAACUGGAGAAAGCUGGGGUGUAUGAAACAUUCAACCCUUACUUAGAGUGGCUGGACUCCAGUGUCGUGGAGUCAAUUUCACCUGGGUGGAAGCGAUUUAAUCGCGACGAUAAUGUGGAAUGGUGCCAGAGAGCAAUUAUCAAGUUUAAUGAGAAGUUUGAGCUACAGCAUUUCCCCUUUGACUGGCAGUCUCUUUCAAUGACGCUGUCCUCCAUGUAUCCUAUCAAAUGGGACCAACCUGCUCCCGUGCGAGUGGGUUUGUGUUCGACAGCUAUGGAGCCUGACGCCCACCUAACCGCAAAGCCUGCUCCCUCAGUUGCCGUUACGGUAGACAAGCUGACGCCAACACAGGAAGGCUGUGAUGGGAGCCCCUAAUAUUUCUCCAGGAUGACUUCACCCUGAGCUCCUCCUGGCGCUAUCGCGGCUUUUCCAUCCAACGCUGGCUCUCCGACCCCAAACUUUCAAGAUACGGCAAGCAGUACCGCAACCUCCAAUUCAGCCUGCACUUCAGCCGUCGCCCAUCGUACCAAGUCUGGAACGUCCUCCUGCCCCUCUUCCUGUUUACCUGCCUCGGCUUCUGCGGCUUUGUUGUCGACCCCGUCACAAGCACCGGCGAUCGUCUGAGUCUGCAAGUCACAAUCCUCCUCACGGCCGCAGCCUACAAGAAUGUCGUAUCCGCCGGCCUUCC